AUGCAUCAUGGAUGCCGACAUCCCUGAGAUCACCCUCCCGAGCAGUGAGGUAAAGGAUCAGCUGCCGCAGAAAGAGAUCAGCAGCGAUGAGUUGGGGGUCGGCGAGACGAUCUUCAACCUUUCCAACACCAUGGUCGGCAGCGGCGUCCUUUCCGUUCCCUACGCCUUUCGCCUUACCCGAUAUGAUGCCAUCCUCUUGCUGGCGCUGGUGGUCGCAAUGACUGCAUUUACUGCGAGACUGAUCGGCCAGGCCCUAGACCUGGCGUCAAACCAGCCAGGUUCGCACCGCACCCCGCCAUCUCGGCGAGACUUCGGUUAUCUCGCCGAGGUGGCGUUCGGCCGGUGGGGCAAACGUAUCGUCGCUGUCACUACAGGGCUGGAACUCUGGCUGGCGGUCGUGACAUUUCUUGUCAUGAGUGGUAUCAAUGCCAGGGGCCUGCUGGGAUGGGACGAGUUUGAGGCAGUGGCCUUCUGCACGUUGAUUGCGGCUGUGAUGGUUUUUAUACCCCUGCGAGCUUACGCCUACGUUUCUUUGGCGUCGUUGGCAGCACUCUGCGUCGCAAGCGCA